AUGCGCAUCCCCGGGGGCCCCGGCGCCCCGUCCGCCGGCAACUCCAGCCGCUGGUGGCCUGCGUCCGGCCGCGGAGCCAACGCGAGCGGGGACGCGGGGGCGCUGGCGGACGGCGGCGGGCCCCCGAGGGACGCGCGCAACGAGGAGCUGGCCAAGCUGGAGAUCGCCGUGCUGGCCGUGACCUUCGUGGUGGCCGUGCUGGGCAACAGCAGCGUGCUGGUGGCGCUGCACCGCACGCCCCGCAAGACGUCCCGCAUGCACCUGUUCAUCCGCCACCUGAGCCUGGCCGACCUGGCCGUCGCCUUCUUCCAGGUGCUGCCGCAGAUGUGCUGGGACAUCACCUACCGCUUCCGCGGGCCCGACGGCCUGUGCCGCGUGGUGAAGCACCUGCAGGUGUUCGGCAUGUUCGUGUCGCCCUACAUGCUGGUGGUCAUGACCGCCGACCGCUACAUCGCCGUGUGCCACCCGCUGAAGACGCUGCAGCAGCCCACGCGCCGCUCGCGCCUCAUGAUCGCCGCCGCCUGGGUGCUGAGCUUGGUGCUCAGCACGCCGCAGUACUUGGUCUUCUCCAUGGUGGAGGUGAACAACGUCACCAAGGCCAACGACUGCUGGGCCACCUUCAUCCAGCCGUGGGGGCCCCGCGCCUACGUGACCUGGAUGACGGCUGGCAUCUUCGUGGCGCCCGUGGUGCUCCUGGCCACCUGCUACGGCUGCAUCUGCUCGCACAUCUGGCGCAGCGUCCGCGGCAGGACGGCCCUGCGCGCGGGGGCGGCGGCGGGCGCGGUCCCGAGGGGCGUCCUGCGGGCGCCAGGGGCCAGCAGCGUGAAGACCAUUUCCCGCGCCAAGAUGCGCACCGUGAAGAUGACUUUCGUGAUCGUGACCGUGUACAUCGUUUGCUGGGCGCCCUUCUUCAUCCUCCAGAUGUGGUCCGUCUGGGACGACGGGUUUGUUUGGAUCGAAUCAGAAAACCCAGCCAUCACCAUCACGGCAUUACUGGCUUCCCUGAACAGUUGCUGCAAUCCCUGGAUCUACAUGUUUUUCAGUGGCCAUCUCCUGCAAGACUGUGUGCAGAGCUUCCCAUGCUGCCAAAACAUGAAGCAAACAUUCAACAAAGUAGAUUCUGACAGUGUGAGCAGAAGACAGACUUCCUAUACUAACAACCGAAGCCCGACAAACAGUAUGGGCACAUGGAAGGACUCCCCUAAAACUUCCAAGUCCGUCAAAUUCAUUCCUGUUUCAACCUGA